AUGCCACUAAGAAUUCUUUUGAAGUCUAUCCUGCACAAUACACUGGAACGCCGCCUCCAAUAUCCAAUGGCUUACAACCUCGAAAUAUCUCCGAACAAUCAUUUAUCAUCAUCACUUCUGUACUUACCGCUACGCCCAUCUUGGCCAUCUUUAUUGGUGUCAUACACUUUGUUCGUUGUCGACACCGGCGGCAAGAAGAUGAGAAGCAUCAACAACGAGAUAUCGAACAAAGUCUACAGCGAGCUCGAAGACCAGUACUCACCAUAG